CCGGGCAAAGAAGCCAGUGGACGUCGCCUCCGGUGUGAGCACAGAACCAUUCAGGAGAUUGAAAUGGGGCUUCUACAAUUAGUACUCUUCUGCGGCUUUAUCGCUGGAGUCCUCGCGGGCAGCAAGUACGACUCCAACGUCUACAUUGACUCCAUCGUGUCCACCGUGCUUCCCGCCAAUGCCAGGAGCCUCGGCCUGGACAGCGUCGACGUCCCCAGCUACGCAUUCAUUGUGAAUAGCACGUCUUUGACCAACCGGGACCUGCACGUCGAGUUCCACGGAGGCAAGCUCGUCGGCCUGGUCAGCCCUGGGCUCGUCCGCUGGGGAGACUGCUCUGCUCCCGGAUGGCAGGGCUUCAACGUCACGCUGGGAUGCUACCUGUCGCUUGACAACCUCCACCUGAGCUAUGUGGGAUCUGCCAAGGGCGACAGUGUUCUCAACACAAACAAGACCCUUUCUUUGAACGUGGUUCCCGUCAAGUCUUCCGCUUUUAUCGAGGUCACUUCCGGGUCAGGGGGAAUUCCUUCGCUCAGGACGUGGCUCAUUCGCCCCCUCAACUUCAGUGUCGGCGUCACAAAGCCACUGACAUUGAACGACCAGCGAAAAUCCGCCUUCCAGAGCGAAAUUGCCAAGCACUCGCAGGCUGCACUGCUCAACGUGCUACUGGUCCGUUUCAAAGAGGCCGUGGAGAGAUCCGUUCGAUCGGUGAAAAUGCCGAAACCUUAGAACUUGGUGCAAGGACGAUAAUCUAUCCUUCUCAAUUGAAUUCAAAAUAAAAAAAAUCUGCUUCGUCA